UUGAUUUUUUCGAGCCGUUAGAACUAAUUUUUGUGCAAAUAUCUAAAACAGUGUACUAGUUAGUGAAUUUAGUGAAAAUGAAAUCGGCGAGAUCGAAACCGAAGCUAAACGAAAUGCGAACGCCAGCUAGGAGCAAACAAAACUUAUGCCAAGGCGAAAGGGAUCCCGUACAAGUUUAUUGCCGUUUGCGGCCUAUGCAGCGUGAUAAUGAUGCUUCUUGUAUUAAAAUACUGUCUCCUACUACGAUUCUUAUGACGCCACCAUCCACAGCCAUCAGUUACAGGAACGAAAACAACAAAACAAUGAAAUAUACUUUCAAAGAAGUGUUCCCGCCCGAAACGAACCAACAAGACGUGUUCGAUAAAGUCGCUUUACCGCUCGUCGAAGGCUUGCUCAAAGGUAAAAAUGGCUUACUAUUCACUUACGGUGUCACUGGCAGCGGGAAAACCUUCACAAUGACCGGCGAACCGAACAAUUGUGGUAUUCUACCCAGAUGCCUCAAUGUCAUAUUCAAAACGAUAAAUGAACUGCAAGCACACAAAUACAUCUUCAAACCGGACAAAAUGAAUAUGUUCGACAUACAAAGCGAAGCUGAAGCUAUGUUGGAGAGACAGCAAGAAUUACACAAGUUUAAAACUGGCCGUAAGAACAACUCGAACCCAGAUUUGGCCAUGUCUAACAACGAUUUGACUAAAAUAGAGGGAAUCAAUGAAGACAACCAAUAUGGUGUAUUUGUUACCUACGUAGAAGUAUACAAUAACAGUGUGUUUGAUUUACUUGAAGAUGGGCCGUUAAGUAAGAAUUUACCAGUUAAAAUGAUAAGAGAGGACGCAGCGCAUAACAUGUAUGUGCAUGGUGUAACAGAGAUUGAAAUCAAAUCUGCGGAGGAAGCAUUUGAAGCUUUCUAUCUUGGCUUGAAACGGAAGAGAAUGGCUCAUACAACCCUCAAUACAGAAUCGAGUAGAAGCCAUUCCAUCUUCACAAUCCGACUUGUGCAGGCACCUGUCGAUGAAAUGGGAGAAGCUGUCAUUCAAAACAAGAAAUUCCUCUCAAUAAGUCAGUUGAGCCUUGUUGAUUUGGCUGGUAGUGAGAGAACAAAUAGAACUAAGAAUACUGGACAGCGUCUUCGUGAAGCUGGUAACAUUAAUAAAUCAUUGAUGACACUCCGUACUUGCCUAGAGGUGCUGAGAGAAAAUCAAACUAAUUCGGCCAACAAUAUGGUUCCAUAUCGUGAGUCAAAGCUCACUCAUCUAUUCAAGAAUUUCUUUGAAGGCGAGGGUCAAGUCAGAAUGGUUGUCUGUGCAAACCCAAGGGCUGAAGAUUACGAUGAGACGCUACAAGUAAUGAGGUUUGCCGAAGUAGCUUCUGAAGUGGAAGUCGCCAAGUCUCAAGUGACAGAUAUUGCAGCAACUAUUGGUUUGAUGUCUGGGCGGCGUAAAGCAAACCGAUUAUUCAAUGCAGCUCGAGAUAAAAUAUUGAAACCGGAAGCAAAAGAUUUAGAACUGGACUUAGGUUUAGUGUACAGCCUGGGACCGGACUUCCCAAGCAUAAAAAUGAAUAGCCCACAAGAAUCUCAUAUCAUUAAGGAACUAAUUGCUCAUUUAGAGAUGCGUAUAAGCCGCAUACAGACGUUAAAACAAAGCAAGGACAUAAAAGACGAAAGAUUGAGGUCUGCGCUGUUAGAAUUGGUAAACGAGUCGAUUGAAGUGAGGAUCGAGAACACAUCUCUCCGUAACCAAUUAUCGACAGCUGAACGUCGAGUGAAAGCGCUAGAAGACCGGCUCACAGCUACCGAGAACGCAGCGUUAAACCAUCAGAAAAAACUAGCCGAAAUGACGGAAUACACAUCUGGCCUGAAACGCGACUUGCAAGAAAAGGAGCUACUCCUCAGCCAAAAUAAGCUCGAUAAGGAGAAACAGAAGAAGAUUCUGGAAAGGAAAUACCAGCACAAGAUCGCUGCCGAACACGAAAAGGCUAAAGAAAUAAACACCGAAAAGGAACGUCUGCGUAACGCAAUUGAAGAGAAGGAAAACAGAUUGCGCAUAAUCGCAUGCGCUCUAAACGACCGCGGGGACAAUGACGCAGGACCUAGAUCAACUCUAGACAUGGGAGCUCAGACGAGCGUAAGAGAUUUCACCCCGGGCUCCACACCUCGAGCGUUACCAGCGCAUUUACUAACACCGUUUAGCUCUGGUCACACAAAGGAAACGCGCGAUACGCCAACAUCCAGACGCGGCGUGGCCAUAGCGAAUCCCCGGCACAGGAGAUCUCUAUCAGCUGACGGCAGAGGCUGGGUGGAGCACGCGCCCAACAAACUCGUCCCAAUGGGCACAGUCAUGAAACCCAGCAUCGGCAACAGCAAACUCGUGAACAAACUAACACACGUCAAAGACAUUGCAAAUUCGAAAACGUCUAAAUACUGCUUAAUAUCGCAGGAACAAGAUACAGAUGGUGAACUUGAAACCAAGUUAUAUAAGGGUGACAUCGUGCCCACUUGUGGAGGGGGCGCUCAGGUUAUUUUCAACGAUGUGGAGAUGCUGAAACAGUUUUCUCCGACCAAAGAGAGGGAGUCCUUGCGAACAGGACCUCAGGGUGUGCAAGGCACUCUGGAAAGCGGCGAGACACCGGAUGCUCCCCGCCCCAAACACCCUCAAAUACGAGUAAAAAGCAGAGGGUAGAUGAUGAUUAAGGUAUUUACUUAUUUAUUUAUUAUUGUGGAAUUUUCUAGUGAUUUAUUUUAUGUAUUUUCUGUAUUUAUGAAUAUGGUAAUAUACAAAUUAAAUGUAUCAUUUGUUUAGAUUGCAAAUUA